AGUCAACGGUGAUAGUCUUUAUUUUAGCGGCAUUGUGUACGGGCGUCUGGUCUUACGAACUAGUACGGUUAUUAUACUUAUUUCUUGUUCCGAUAUUUAUUUUUUCGGUGUUCUGUUUUUCUUCGCUCGGUUCUGGCUUCAUGAAGUAAAGUGGACCAAAUUUCAAAAAUAAAACAAAAGAAAAAAACUUUAUGUUCAAGAUUGUGUUGGCGUAUGUUGUGUAUUUUAUGUAUGAAGUGAAAUGAAAAAAAAGAAAUUAUAAAUAAUGAAAAAGUCUUGCAUACGUUUUCAGUUUUUUACGAGAAAUUAACAGAAGUAAAAUUAAGAAAAAAAAAACCAAAAUAAUAAUAGAAAAAUACCUACUAAUAGGCCAGACGCAAAGGGUGUGUGAGUGCGUGAUUGCGUGUGUUGCGUUCGUUCAAAAGUGUAUGACAAAUCCACGUAAAAUAUUAUAAUUUUCAAUUAAAAUAAAGAAGUAAUUAAAUUCACUUAAAAGUGAACAACAAAAAAAUGUUUAACAUAAAAUUGAAAAUGAAAGUGACAUCAAUUUGAUUUAUACUAAUCCGUACAGGGUAAAACAAACAACACAAACAAUAUCAAAUCGUAAAAACGGAAACAUGUGAUGCUAAAACAGAAAUAAAACAAAAUAAAAAUGAGCAUAAAGUGCCUUAUAGUUUGCUCUGCAGAUAUUUUUAUUUCCAAACAAACUGAAAUCAACCACAAUAAAAACGGCAUUAAUAAAAACGAACAACGAAUUUUUUGUAGAUGAAUUUUUACAAACAAACAAAUCGAGAUAAAAUCGCAUGAGCAGAGGAAACCCAAAUACAUACACACACAACAGAUAUAGUUUUGAAAACAAAAAUUAAAUGUUUAAUAAUUUUUAAAAUGCAAAAGUCUAUAAAAAAUAAACAAAAUCUUUGCAUAAUCAACAUAACAACGAAAUUGAAUUUCAAGUGUUUGUGUACAAAACAAUAUACAACGACUACAAAGCGAAAAUGCCACAGAGUUGCAUUUAGCUACAGUAAUUACAAAUACGAAAAUUUCAGCGAUAUUCAAAAUGAUAAUCACCAGCAACGCUUAACUAUGGAAGUGCCUCGAAAAAGAAAGUAUCAGCAAAUUUCCACAACGAUACGAUAAUAUUUACGAUCACAAUAAACUUAAAGCAAAUUUAUAUACAGAAAUAAAACCAAAAAAAAACUCUUUUUACAACAAAUAUAAAUAAAAAAAAAACACAAACACACAACUAAUCAAUUAGUUCGCCUUAUAACCUGAAAGAAGAACCAUUCAUUGUAUUUAGCAUUAAUUCGCUGAUAACGUUAAUAGAAUUCUACAGCUGCAGCACUAAUCUUCACUUUGAUUUUGUAAAGUGAAGCUAGCGUGUUUACACUUGUAGGCGAACAAUGUUAGAUAUAUUCCGUGGAUUGAAAAACCUUAUAAAGGUCGCGCACGUUAAAACCGAUUCACCAGUAUUUCGCUUGCACUACUCUAUAACUGUGAUGAUAUUGAUGUCAUUUUCCCUAAUUAUAACCACACGUCAAUAUGUUGGUAAUCCCAUUGAUUGUGUUCAUACUAAAGAUAUUCCAGAAGAUGUUCUCAAUACAUAUUGUUGGAUACAUUCGACAUACGCGCUUAAAAGUUAUUUUAACAAAAAGCAGGGAGUUUCCGUACCCUAUCCGGGUAUUGGUAAUUCCGAUGGCGAUGUUCAUGAAAAGAAACACUAUAAAUAUUAUCAAUGGGUGUGUUUUUGCCUAUUUUUUCAGGCAAUUUUAUUUUAUACACCAAGAUGGCUGUGGAAGUCUUGGGAAGGUGGCAAAAUUCAUGCACUCAUCAUGGACUUAGAUAUAGGAAUCUGUUCCGAAGCCGAGAAAAAACAAAAAAAGAAAUUACUUUUAGAUUAUUUAUGGGAAAACCUAAGAUAUCACAACUGGUGGGCGUACAGAUACUAUGUGUGCGAGUUAUUAGCACUCAUAAAUGUGAUAGGUCAAAUGUUUCUUAUGAAUCGAUUUUUCGAUGGCGAAUUUAUGACAUUUGGCUUAGAAGUGAUAAAGUAUAUGGAAGACGAUCAAGAGGAUCGUAUGGACCCCAUGAUUUAUAUAUUCCCUAGAAUGACCAAAUGUACAUUUUUUAAAUAUGGUUCUAGUGGGGAGGUGGAAAAACAUGAUGCCAUAUGCAUAUUGCCAUUAAAUGUUGUUAAUGAAAAAAUCUAUAUUUUCCUUUGGUUUUGGUUUAUAUUAUUAACACUAUUAACAUUAUUAACACUGAUAUACAGGGUGGUUAUUAUAUUUUCACCACGUAUGAGGGUGUACUUAUUUCGUAUGCGAUUUAGGUUAGUGCGUCGAGACGCUAUAGAAAUAAUUGUUCGUCGUUCAAAGAUGGGCGAUUGGUUUUUAUUGUAUUUAUUAGGCGAAAACAUAGAUACGGUUAUAUUUCGAGAUGUUGUACAGGACUUAGCCAAUCGUUUAGGACAUAACCAACACCACAGGGUGCCUGGACUAAAGGGCGAAAUUCAAGAUGCAUGAUAUUGGGAGUAUUAGAAACCAUACAAAAUGCAAAACGUUGUCUCCAUCUAAAAAAACAGUAAAACUUCAAUGAAACUACCAAAAAAAAAAACAAAUAAAAAAAUCCAAAAAAUACAUAAAAAUACCAAAAAAAAAAAACAUAUAUUAAAAAAAAAAUGAAAAACAAAAUGCUGCCAAGUUUGCUUUUUAUUAGCAAUUUAUAUAAACACCAACAUCACAAACACCAACAAAAUACUAAAAUCAUCAAAACAAUAUGGAAAACAACAAGUCCUUAACAAGUGAAAUACAGAAAAAUAUGGAAUAAUGGAUUAACAAGAAGAACUGAACUGGACUACUACUAAAAUUAUUGCAGACGCACAAUUCGUCAUCAUUUAAUCAGCAUCACCAAACAACCAACCGCGACCAUCAUCAGCAACAUCAUAAUGCAACCGACAGACGACAACACCUUUAUUAGCCCACAAAACCGCAAGAAAAGAAGUGAAGAGAAGUUUUUUUUUUGUUUUUUUAAGUCUUUAAGCUAAGGAUUGAUAAUAAGCAAUUGUCUUGAAAUUUUUUUUAAGACAAUUUGUAAAAUAAUAUAACACAAAACAACCAACCAACCAACAAACAAAUAGUUAUAAGAUCAAUCAGAAGAAAAUUUUAAACAUCAUCAUCAUACCAUCAUGACUACCAACUAGUUUCAAAGUUUAGACCUCUCCAGGAGUAACAAAAAUCUUAAAAAGGUACAAGCAGGUUUAGAGAACAAAAUAUUGGAUUGAAUUCAUCAUAUGACAUCAACAUUUUUUAAAAACACUGGCUCUUGCUGCUUCGUGUAGUUUAACACUUUAUAAUCAUGAUAGAACCUUAAGCUUAAAUGGAAAAAAUCUUAAAAAAAUCAAAAAAAAUUUGGAGACAACAACCGGUGUAUAAUUGCAUUUUUGUAUUGGCCAAAAACGCAAAAGCCCCCCCUCAAAAAAAAACCCCACAAAACAACUUACAAAAAUGACAUCACAAUAAGAAUUACAAAAUGAAAGUGUUCAUUUAUUUAACUAAAUUUAGACAAACAAAAUCAUUUUUUUAUAUAAAACUACUUCAAAAAAUCUCUCAAAAAAAUCUUAAAAACCACAAUUCUUAAAUAUAAAAAUCAGGCCGCCAACUAAAUAAAGAACACAAAAAUCAUGUUUUAUCUAACCAACAUCAUAUAGAAAAAAACGCCCUCGUCAAAAAAAACAACAACAUCCUUUAAGAUAAACGAAUAUAUCAACAAGAACAACAACCAAACAACAUCCUUUAAAUUUAAAUUUUAUAAUUAAAACAAAAGAAAACAUAUUCAAACCUAAGAAAACCAAAAAAAGAAAAAAAAAACAAAA